AUGUUUGAGUUACAACGAAAUUUGGAUACAGUCAAUAACUUUAAAACAUCAAAGAAACACAAGGAAGAAGUCUUUAAAAAGUUACUUCUGAAUUAUCCAUUCUUUGAUUAUAAAUUGCGUAUGUUAGAUCAAAUAGCAUUAUUCUUGAAUAUGGAAAGAGAUCCACUUUACAUCAAAGCAAGAAGUAGAAUGGCAGACUUUUUGGAAACACUUGGAAAAUUUGUGAACGACGACUUCAAACCAAACGUGCCUGAACCACAUCUUGCUCUUCCUAAAUUAGAGACGUUGAAGAAGUCUGCCAAAUUGCAACCUCCAAAUCUGACUUACAAAAAACAUUUGAGAACUCUUACCGAGAUAAAAGAACAUCCAGAAAUACUCGAAGAACCUCCGAUUCAUUCAGUGGAAAGAGAGUUUCAAACCAGAAGAAGAAAUAGCAUUUCUGAAACGAGAAGAAAAAGUGAGAAGGGGGAAAAGCACAAAUUAAGAAAAUCAAAAAGUUUAACAGAAUUACACACACAAAGCGUUUUGAAUAACGAAAAAAGUGAACACGGAAAAGAAGAGAAAAUACUUGAAGGAGCUGAAGCUUCAAUUUCGGGAAGUUUGUUCCAACCAAAGUACAAAAUUGAAUUCAAAAAGAAAGGUGAAAAUAAAAAUUAA